UUAACAAAAUUGCUGCUUUUUUUAUUUUUUAAUUAAUUUUUAAAGAAUGUCGUAGCUUUCUUUCUCUGUUGUUUGGCUAGCGGCGUGGGUCUUAAUUUUCUGAUUUGAUACUUGAUUGUUUUGCUUGUUAUCUGUCGUUUGGUGUUUUUGUUACUGUUUGGUUGUUUCUAUUAUUUCUUUUAAUUACAUUGAAAGUUACUCUAUUUUCAUUAUGAAUGAAAGGGAAUUUAAGCUUGUUUUGGCGUUAAUUUUCUUCUCAAUGCUGUGCUUAUAAUUUGCUGAAAUUCUUGUACAUUUAUCAAGGAUCACGUAAGGCAUUAAGAUUUCUCUCUCUUUUGUGUGCUUAUAAUUUGCUGCAGUUCUUGUGCAUUUAUCAAGGGAUAAAGCAUCAAUCUUGCUGAUAUAUUUGAGUUGCUUGUUAUGUAUGUUUCCAAUGUUGCGCGUGCAGAACUUUUCAUUCAUUUUUUUUCUGUCCAUCUCAGUUUCUCUGGGUGCUGUCUCCUUGUUCUCGUUACUUUUAACUGGUAUGGUUGGAGCUCUAUCCUUAUUCAUACGAGGACACUAACUCUUUUGAAAUAGCAUAAAUUUGUUUUUCCACUUCCAUUGCUGCUCUUUGUGCCUCCUGAUAUAGUAGCUAUAUUGUGGUAUUAUCGCUGAAUUGACAGAUAACAUCAAGGGCUCCAAUGGAGUUUUAUGAGCCUAAUAAUGUUCCUGGAAAAUUUCCCGAGUUUGGUGCAAUCUUUAUGUCAAACAGGGCUACAAGGAAAGAAUGUUUUAGAAGGAAAUUAUUAGGCCUUCCGUCAGGACAGGCUGACUUUGUGAAACAGGUAAAAGCUGGAAUGGUUUUGUUUCUGUUUGAAUUUGAGAGGAGAGAACUUCAUGGUGUAUUUCAAGCUUGCUCUGAUGGCGCAAUGAACAUUGUACCCCACGCUUACAGUUCAUCUGGAAAACAAUUCCCUGCGCAGGUAAAAUUCAUCCAAAUGUGGCAGUGUGACCCACUCUCUGAAAAUGAAUUUCGUGAUGCAAUCAGAGAAAAUUAUUUUUCACCAUACAAGUUCAACUUCGGGUUGUCUGAAAGACAGGUUCAAAAUCUUCUUUUAUUGUUCAGUAAACGAAAGAUAAAAGAUAGGCCACUUGAGAGGCAAUUUACCCGAAGCAAGGUUGUAAGAUCAGUUGGGUACUCUGCAAAAGAAGCUAGAAGUGCCACUGGUGAUGGCAGCUUUGUAAUGAUUGAUAGCAAGAAAGAUGAGCGAGAUGCAGAUGCUCCUUUUGGCUCCACCAUCUCCACUGAGUACUUUGGGGACUCUAUCAGCAAGCACAGAAGAGAGUAUGAUAGGUACACAAGUCCUCCUUUCAGAAAUGGACAUAAAACUAACAGAGUGCUUAUCUCAAAGGAGCAGUUUGUGGCCUCUUUGAGUGAAGUUGGAGGCUUGGCUGGGGGUGCCCGGGUUUUGACAAGCAAUAUGGUAGGGAAUGACCAUGAUGUAAAUAUUGAGUCUAGGACGGAUGUUUUAACUAAUCAUCGUGGGCAUUCUUUUCCUACAAGCAUAAGAAGUUCUGAUUAUGUCAACUUUGCGACAAGUUAUGGGCUAGGACAGGAACUGAUGGAGGACAACGGUUUUCAGCAGCCCUCAACUGAGCAUACCAGUAUUUUUCAGUCUAAUCCGGGCUUGGCUGAGGAUGCCCGGGCUGUGACAAGCAGUAUGAUAGGGAAUGAGUCUAGGAUGGAUGCUUUAACUAAUCAUCAUGGGCAUUCUUUUCCUACAAGUAGAAGUUCUGAUUAUGUCAACUUUGCGAGAAGUUAUGGGCUAGGACAGGAGAUGAUGGAGGACAAUGGUUCUCAGCAACCCUUAACUGAGCAUACUGGUAUGUUUCAGUCUAAUCCACCUCAAUGUUUUAGCAAGACCAUCGCAGAAGAAAAUUUGGUGGAGCUGCAAAACUCUCAAUAUUAUAGAUGGCCCGUCUUGGAAGCAAUUAAGGAUCAAUUUCGACAGUCUCCUACAGCACGUCACUUGAUGGAGCCACAUAAUUCUGAGCUUUCUUUUUCAGCAUUGGAUGGUGAUAGAUUGCCUAGGUCAAAUGCUUUAUAUUCAACAUCUUAUGGAGAUGGAGUUGGUGCAUGCAAUAUUCCUUAUGACCCAGAUGUCCCCAGGAUUGGCAAUAGGUGCUCAUCAUCCCGUGGCCUUUCUAAUUCAGUACCUGAAUUCCCAGCAUCUCACAGCAGUGUCUUUCCUUCAUUUGAUCAAUCAUUUCCUCCUGAUGUGGAGCCUGAAGGUACAAGCAGUCACUUAAACAUUAAUGCCUCUUUGUCUGACUACAUUCCGUUGUCCAAUGCCAACCAACUUGAGCACCUGAACAGGUCUGGCAUGCUUUUCCCAGGUGUUGAUUAUCCUGGUCAUGUGGCUAGGAACUCAUCUAUGAAUGAAAAUCCUGGGCACAAUAGGAGCCCAUCAUCAUUUGAGCUCUGUAAUUCAGUUCCUCAAUGCCCCCCUCACAACAUCUUCCCUUCAUUUGCAAAUGAAUCAUUUCCAUCAUAUAUAGAGCCUAAAAGUACAAGCAAAUGCCAAAACCUUAAUUCUUUGUUAUCCAGUGACAAUCCAUUUUCAUAUCCUGGCCAUCAUGACCAUGCAAACAGAACCAGCAUGCUUUUCCCUGGUGCUGCUUAUCCUGAAAAUGUGCAAAGAAACUCCUCUGGGAUUGAAAGGACAAGGGAGGACACUUCCUCUUAUUCCUGUAGCCUUAACAGGUCUUCCUCCUUUGUGUCUGAUGUUAGGUAUCCUGUCUCUUCACAAGAGGAAUGUGAUCAUCAAAUGUCACAGCAUGAAAACAAUGAAGCAUUUGUUGCUUGUGUUCCUAGAUUGAAACGCCAUGAAAAUGGUUCGAUAAAUCUAGAUACACAAGAAAACUCUCAGAGAAUAUACUCUGAUCAUCGGGAGAGAAAAAGUGUCUUUUCCCGCUUAGCUUUGCCUUCAAAAGUAUGCAAACAAGAUGAACAUGAUAUUGAUUCAUCAAUUGAUGAAGUCAUGACCAUAUUGCACCAGAGUCACGAUGAAUGGGUGAAGGAAAAAAAAAUUAAGCAGCAGGUGAAAAGGCAUGAUGAGGUUACAAAUCUCAAGAAUAAGGAACAGAUGACCGUGAAUUCCCAGUUAUUAACAGAUCACUUGCCAAAGGUCUCAAAGGAGAUUAUCAUGGAUGAUAUUUCAGCCGGCAAGGGGGAUGGUCUCCAAAUACCUGGGGUGAUACCUUUUGUAGAUUUCCAGCGUCGUAGAAAAGUGCAGAAGAUUGAAAGCGAUGCCAUUACUGGGAGUACAGAAAACACUGGCUUAUCAGGUCAGCAGCAUAAAAGAAGAAAGUUGAUCAGACCAAAAUUCAGUGUUAAUGGAUCAUCUGGCAAUGUUAUUGUCGGAAGUCAGGAUAAUGCAAGUAGGAUGACUCAAAAUGUUGAGUUACCAGAUAUGACAUUUCAUGUUGGCAUUGAAGACAAGAAUAUAGGUUUUCAAGGCCGUUCAGAUCGUGAAGGAAACGAGAAGGUGGCAAAUUGUGUGGUGACCCCCAGCAAUGCUAAUGGAGACAGCAAAGAAGCAUUACAGCAUGUUGGUCUGGUUUCUGGUGAAUACAAGAGUAAUACAGAAAAUAGCUUGACUUUGAUGAAUUCUGAGAUUGAUGGGAUUGUCAAGUGUGGACUUGAUCAUGAUGGAGGUAAUGGAAAUUUAUCUGAUAAUGAUAAAGCUGAGAAUAGAUCUUGUCACGAUGGAGGUAAUGAAAAGUUACCAAAAAAUGCUGAAGUUGAGAACAGAUCUUGCCCAACAACUGGUGAGAGGGCCAUAGAUAUUACGGUGAGCAGCGGAAUGGAUUAUAACUGUGGAUCGGAAAAGGCAUUCAAAGAAGGUGGAAAUGUUGAAGAAAGUAAACAGAAGCUAUUUUUGCAAUGUGUUGGGGAACAGUGCAAAGCAUCUAUUGAAACUGUCAGUUACUCCAAUAUGAAAGAGUCUCCAGAAUUAUGCGAAGAAUAUGACAAACAUGGAGAGGUGAUAGCAGCAGCCGCAGGCAAAGACUGUAUAGUGGUUGUUGAGCGAGAAGAUAGUGGAGAUGGAAAUCGUGAAAGUCUCAGCCAUUAACCUUGGGGCAAUCACAGAUCUCAAGCAAGAAGAGCUUAACAUUGCCUUAAUUGCUUUUUGUUUUUGGUUAGUGAGGUGAAGCUAACGACAAGAACAUCCAAUGCAGUGAACCAUCUGAAAUGCAUGACGAGGGUUUAGUCUCCAUUACGUGCUGUGAGUAAAAUUUCCUGAAAUCAGAAGGCAGUAAUACCAAGCAAGACUUCGUAUAACCAUAUAUUCUGGCAUGGUGCUUUUGACCAACAUUUUGCUUCCCUUCGCGUUUGCUUUCCAGGUUGAAUUGGAUCGGUUUCCCAAGUGAAUAUCACCAUCUUUUGUUUUGAACUUGUUUAGGUGGAUAGAACAUUCAGCUUUUAGCUCUCUUUUGGUCGAACGAAUUUGUUUCUUGAAUAUGAUUUAGAGCUGUUGUCAAUUAAAUGUAAUGUGGCCUUCCUUUGCUUUUGCCUUUGUUACAAUA